UUUGAUUGUCAUUCCAUUACUUUUAAACUUUACUCUGUUCUUCGACUCCUUUAGAUCUGACCCAUCUUCCCAAAUCUGCCUCUCUCUGGUAAUUCUCUUCCGAUUUUGCUGGUUGGUAUUAUCAGUUGUGGAUGUGUUACCCUUACGUAUUGGGAGAAUAAUAUGCUUUGGUUGAGCCUAUCAAUUGAUGUGUUUCGUAAAGUUGUGCAUUUGAACCUCUAUUGCAGGGUUAUUUUGUAAAUCACUUUUUGUAUAGAUAACACUGAAUUAUUCCUCCCUGAGUUCCUUCUUUCAAUCAGCCAUGGGUUCCAAUCACUUCUUUAUCAUUUCCUGUGAUAUCUACAUUAGCUGAAAAGCUUCCUGUCCCUAAUCACUAUUUUUCUGCCCCUUUGUCAAGGAAUCUAGAUACCUCAGAGAAUUUCUCGUUUAUUUUUAUAACCUUUGUUCUCCAGUUAAAUAGUUCUUUCUGCAGGGAAUAUUCUCCUAUUAUCUCCCCUUUCUCUGUUAUUGGUAUUUCUCUCGUGCCUUCUGGUAUAGAAGAAUAGUUGUUCGUUUAAGGUUCAGAAGUAGUUAUGGUGUGCCAAGCUGCAACCCAGACAAGAUUUCGGGCAUUAAAACACGAGAAUGGAAUUGCAGGAAAACCAACAAUUAUAGUUAGAGUGAUUGCAUGCUUUCAACCUUUGCAGAAUUGUCAGGCCAAGUAUUUUCGACAGUUGCUUAAGCCAGUCACGUAGAUUGAAUAUGAUUUAUUUCUCUUAAGCUGUACUCCGCGAACUUCUUUUUGUCUUUGUUCCUGAAAGCAUUUAGCAGAUAAUUCCCAUAGUAGACCAGUGCACAAAAUUUUGAGGUGGUUGUUUUCCUGAAUGGUUGGGACUGAUAAUUCUCGCCUUGAUUUUGAGCAUUUUGCUUGGCAACUGCACAAUUAUAAUUCCAUGAAUGCAUCAAUAGAGACCAAGCAACAGGAAAGCUGCCAAACGAGUAUCAACCAUGAAAAUUGCAUAUUUUCCAAAUGUAUGGGAAGGAUGCAACGGUUUGCAAUUCCACCAUUACCCAGUUUUGAAGUGGAACAGCUAAAUGUCAUUCAGGGAUCACGUCAUUGCUUAUCCCCUCAUUUCCAGAACUCACGUGGUACUUUCAUAUCUUAUCAGAAUGAAAAGGAAUCUAUGCAUUAUGCUCAUGCUGGACCUAGUGGGAUGCCUGUGUCAAAAUCAAAUAAUGGGUCCUAUCCAAAAGGAUUUCUUAUCUUUGAUCAAUCUGGAAACCAAAAGAGAUUGAUGUAUGCUCCUAUGUGUCCUGUUUAUUUUCCCUCAAUUGUUACUGAAAAUAAGUGUUGUGGUUGGCUUGAAGAAAAAGGGGCAGUUAGAGACAUUAAUUCGGUCAAGUAUUCUCCAAAUACUCUGUCCAAUGAGAAUUAUGUAGCUGAUGGAGAGAGUAGUGAAAUGCAUGAAAACACGGAAGAAAUAGAUGCAUUGCUUUACUCAGACUACGAUGGCACUGGUUGUAGUAGUGAUGAUGAAGUGACCAGCACAGGACAUUCUCCAGAGAUGAUCAAUGAGCAUUGUGAGAAGGAAGAACAAUGUCAAGAAACUACUACAGAAGUUGCUAGUUCUGAUGUCCCAAGGAAAAGGCAGAGACUGCAUGAUGGGGGAUACAUAAAAUCACUACCAAUUGCUACCGGUUCUUGUGCAAGAGUUGAAUCACAGAACUAUGCCAAUGAUGCGGAAUCAAGCUGUGGCAUGGUCCAUAAGGAAGAGGCUGGAGCAGAUAUUGAUUUUUGCUAUUGUUCUUGCAAAAAAGAUAGGAUUGAGGAGACGUUGAGAGUACUUGAGAGUUUAGUUCCUGGUGCAAAGGGUAAGGACCCAUUGUUGGUUAUUGAUGAAGCUAUCAAUUACUUUGAAGUCCUUAAAACACGAAGCUUACUGCUUUAGGUGUGAGCUGCUAUUAAAUCGCAUGCCCCCUAUAUAGAUAUUGGUUAAUUGGUUAAAAUUAGGGCAUCGUGGUGUGGUAACUUUGAAUUUUGAUGGAUGCAAGAUCAGUUUGUUUGCUAAGUCCGAGCCACUUCCUUUCUCUUACAAGGAAAAUGUGAUGACUAUGAGUUAUCAAACGGAGGUUCAACAUCGUGAUAACAUUGAACCUAGCUAGAAAAUGGGUGAAUAAGUACUAUUUUUAUUCGUUGACUAGACAUGAUUAUGUUUGAUGCUUUUAAGGGACUAAAGAUCAGCAGAGGAAAGCCACAAAGAUUUGAACGCAUGGGAUGUGAUAGUGGUGGGUUAUGCUGAGAAGUUAAAGACCCCACUUUUUCCAGCAAUUUGAAGAAUCCCCCAAGGAUUUGGUGCAUGCGCGUUAGGUAACCAAGGUCCCACUUUCCACAUUCUUUUUCCUUUCCUUUUUCUCUUUCUGUAUUACAAUGCCCUUACCCCCUCACUUUGGAGGUUAUACCAUAAAAGUAGAGCUUCUCCCUUGUGAUAUUAGGUAGAUGUUGCGCGGUAAAACUUUUGUGGGGAGUCUUGAUUAUGAGAGGUGUAGGAAACUUUUGACUGAGCUCAGCUUUGGAGAUGGAUUUCACUUUUUGCUACUAGGCUUUGUGUGGAUGUAAUAACUGAGUUGUGAAUGCUUUUCUUCAGUCUUUUUUAUGUUAUGUACUGCUUUCUUUUAUGUGUGUACUUGACCUAAGGCUUGAGAAUACUGGCCGUACAAUUAUAUAUAUGGUUGAUGAAGUAUAUAAUGCAAGUUUGUUAACAAAAA